UUUGCUUAAUCAGCAUAUUUUCUAUGUUGCUUGGAAAACCCCUAUGUGGUGGUGCAACUACAGGAGUAGUCAUGUUAAAAAAUAGCUCCUAGACCCCUGACUUUGUUGCACAGCUAAAUACCUAGGAUCAGUGAGUCCUGCUGAAUACCAAGUGUAGCACAGUCAUCCCUUCUUAGGGUAAUAGGGAAUAACUUUAUGAAGGAAAUGUCUAAGGAAGGAGUUUAUUCAGUUGGACAAACCAUCUUUUGAUGUCAUGAAGGCAUUGUAUGCUUGAGACUAGGCAAAUUAAUACAGAUCAAACACUGAAGUGUAAAUUCUUAGGAAGAAGUUCUUCCUUAGGGACCAGGUGUCCUUCAGAGUAGAAAAAUACCAAAGUUUGCAUGUGCACCUCAUGGAAAAUAGAGAAGCGGCUUUUCUCAGUUACUGAGGAGAUAGCUAAAAGAAAGCUCAUUCCUUUUUGCUGCCUCCCCUGCCACUACUUUCUGAUAGAUUGCUGAAACUUUUUGAGCUCUUCAUGUCCAGUUACGUGCAUGAAAACAAUGUUAACAAAAUAUUUUGAAACUCAACAAGAAAAUUACGUAAUGGGAACUGUAAAAAAUUAUUUGGGCUUGCUGUUGUGAUUCUAUUGGAUUGACACUGCUUCCUGUUCUGCUACAAAGCUGUGUGAAAAUGCUUUUGAUUUGUUCUGGCAUGUGCAUUUUGGUGCCUCAGAGCAUUUGUGUAGGCUGUUCUGUGAGUGCUGAUCAGUGGGCUCUUAACUAGAGCAAUUCUUUUUUCUACCAGAACUAACUGUCUCUUCUGUUUUGGAUUAUGCUUUUGUCCAGUACAGUAGUGUGCAUUCUUAAAAGAUCUUUUCAGGUAAGACACUUACUUUAUAUGUCCACAUGCUGUGACGAUGCACUCUCUCACCAAUACAAACAGAAGAUGUACUUUUUGACUGUUGUCAUUGCCCACAGAAUAAUGCUAUCUGGUCGUGGUACAGGCUUCACAUGGAUUCUCUGUAGUUUAGCCUACAGGUGCCAUCAGCUCACGUUUUCCUUCAGUUCCCAUUAAAUGCAAUUUGUAACUCUUGGCAUAAAGAGACAUGAAACCAAAAGAAGCUAAAGUGUAACUGGUAAUGAUACUUGAGUGCAAGCAUACCAGGUAGGUGAGGGAUGCAUGAUUCCUAACACGCAUUUUGAGCAUUUGAGAAUGACUUUCAAUAGUUAAAAAAGGUUUGUAGUGGAUGUUGGCAGAUUACUGAGGGGUUUUUUGCUGCUAGUUUUGCAGUUUAUAAGAAUUGGAAGUAAGAGACUAUCACUUGAUAAAACUGUCUCUCCUCACUGGCUGCUUACUGCUACAAAAAAGUUUUAAAGCCUUGCUUGGUAGAAUAGCUUUUACUUUUUACCCUGUUACUUAAAUAAAAAGUUUCCCAGGUGAUUACUGUUGUCUCUGUUUUCUGCAUCAAAACCCGACAACUUGUGUUGAUGCUUAGGGAGCUACUUGCUCUGAACGGUUAAGGGUCACUAGUUUGUUAGACAGCUACGGUUAACAAAGGUGUUGAUGGGAAUGUAGUUGUGGAUUUUCAUCUGGAGCAGAGUGUUACUGAAGAAAAUGUAUGUGUUGUUAGGUUACAGUGUCAUUUGAGGUUCAAGCUGUGCCUUCAAACUUUAGGUAUUAUACCAGCUGUUUGGAUGUUGGUAAAAUGUUACAUCUGUGUCCAUAUCCUUAUCCCUUUCACUCAAACCUGGUAGUGCAGUUUCACCCAAACUUUGUUUAGACCUAUGUGGGGAAGAAAAAGAACCGUUCCCCACACUGCUUAGUGCAGCUGGUGGAAGAAAUGCUGUGGAAUGUUAGCCAACAGUCAGUCUGGUUAGAUCUCUUAACUGUUUAUUUCCAUACACUUUCAUAACAAAAUUAGAAGUUGUUUAACAAGGUCAUUCUGUUUGCAAUGGAAUCUUCAACAAAUCAACAUGUUUAUUUUGUUAAAAUACCUAAAUACUUUUAAUCAUGAGAAGGUGAAAGUGAUACGAAGGUGGAUUUCCUGUCAGUCACAGAGUUGAGUGAGAAAUGGUAAGUCUUCAGAGAUGAUAUUUUCCUAAUAGAACUUAAUUAAAAUGUUGUUGGCCUUGAAGGAAAAUGACGUAGUAUGCAAAUUAUGUAAAUAGAAGCAAUUGUAUUUAGAAUUUUUAUUGAAGGGAUACUAUGCUCACUUUUUCAAAGCCAUUUUGGGCCACAAUUAAAAAUGGAAGGGGUGUAAAGAGGGACACUCUACUGCACCAUGUGUCUCUUGAUGAAGAGUUCUUAUAGACAGCAGUUGAGUCAGGGAAUGGCAGAGGGGGAUGAAAUCUCUUCUGAAGCCAGGCUGCUGGUGGACUCUUAGGAAGAAAUUGCUGCAGUUAUAGAAGGUAAUUUUUUUUCUUACAUAUUGUGUGGUUCUGCACUGCUCUUAGAAUUCUCCUCUUUGGUAAUUUUGUUGCAUUAUGUGUUCCAGGCAUGCCUUUGUUAUUCUUUAGCUUUAUUCCGUGAGAGAAGGAGAUAACGUCCUGGUUUUCCCUCUCACGUAUUCCUCCCUCUUGGUUCCUUCCAAACAGUCUGAAUCUGACAAAGGUGUUUCCUUGUACCACGCUCUCAUUCUGUUUUUCCUGGUUCUGUAUCAUAAUUUUGCUGAACUUCUAUUCCUAUUUGGACAAGGAAAAAUGGUGAAAGAACCGCUGAAUUUUUAUUAAAUAUACACUGUACUUGUCUUCGUGUAUUGAAAAAAAUUGUAAUAUCCUCUCAUGAAGUUUCUAAAUCUUUUCUCAAGAUCGUAUGUGGGUUCUGUAGGCUACAGCAUCUCAAGGCAUUUAUUUGUAAUGCUUCGAAAACCCAAUCUCUUUAUAUAUUUUUUUAUUGGUUAAAAUUAGACUUUGAAAUUAAUUCAUUAGGGAAUCAAUUAGUGGGUUGGGAUAUGAUUGCACAUAAUUUUAGGAACAUAAUCUUCUGCCUUGGAGAGGAGUUGGAGGAAGGGAAGCUUGGAAAUCUGGACUUAAUGUUUAGGAUCAUAGGAGAAUUCAGGUUGGGAGAGAGCUCAGGAGGUCACUUAGUUCAAUCUUGUGCUUAAAGCAGGAUGAGCUGUGAGGACAGGCCAGGUUACUUAGGUCUUUAUCUGACCUGGUGUUGAAAGCUUCCGAGGAUGGAGGCUGCAGAACCUCUCUGGGCUACCUGUUUCAUGGCUUUGUCCUCAUUGUGACAAUACAUCCAUUUUGAACCUCUCUGCAAGACCCUGUAUUUCUGCUGAGUUGCUUAUAGUUGCUCUGUACCCUGUGUUGCAGUGUGAUGUCUUUGUUCUCAUCCUCGUGGACUGCUGCCAUCUGCACAAACUGCCUGCAGACGUGAAUGUUGCACUCCAGUACUGUUUUUCUUCCUGCUUUUUGUCUUCACUGUUGUUCCUGGUGAUUUUGACUGAUGCUGGAUGGGUCUACCAGAAGUAAAAGCAGGGGGGAGGUGGCAUCCAAUUAGCUGGUCUUUAGGCACUGUUUGUUACAAAAGAUUUAAGGGGAAAAUACGUUUUUGGUAACUAGGUCACACCAGAAUCACAAUUGCUUUAUUAUUUUGCUUUCUGAAGUAACAUUCAAUUACUUUUUAACACAUUUUUAAAGAAACUCCAAGAAUUCACCUCUGCAUGGCCAGCUGAGAAUUGAUCCAGCAUGGAAGCCAACUGGCUUUUCUACCUCUUGGCUGCUACCUAAGUGAUGCAGUAUAUUUGGAUUAACAGAGUCCUGUUUCUGGUUUCUCAAAAAAUAAUGUCAGAAUGCUGAAAGAAGUGCUACAGUCAGUAACUAUUGGCAUCUUCACUGGAAAUUGUAGGAGAAAAGUCCAUGGCAUACCAGACUGCAAAAGUUUUGGUUUCUGUAGUAAUAUUGUGGAUGACAGAUCAUUCUCCUUGAUUUUAUUUUUUGGGGCUUUUGAGUUUGUUGGUUUUUUUCCUUAACAGGUAAAUAGAAAGCUGAAUUAGGGUAUUUUUCACUAUACUGAAAUAAAGGAACCCGGCUCAUUGUAAUUUAAUUUGUUGCCACAGCACUUGAUUCCAUUCCCAAGGUGCUCCAUUGCUCCUCCCAUUGUUCUAGGAGGUACUCUUUAGGGCUUCAAAUAUGCUGGAAUUCAAGUUGCUUGGCAUUUUCACAAUCAGUCACAUGAGCUAUAUUAGCAAAGUACCUCAAAAUGUCCAAGAUCUACAGCCUCAAGUUGCUUUGACUGCACGUGCACUGUGAUUAAUGUACAUGCUGCACCCUUAGCUUCAAGCUUUCUUUGGUCCAGACAUAGCUGUUUGCUUUAGCAGCCAGGACUCACUUUGCAGGCACAAAUGCUGUCUGGGAGUGUGUAGACAAACUCCUGGGGGCUCCUACAGUAAGUGCUGAGUCUUCUUCCCUCUUCCCUCCGUUACUUUCUGUAGCUCUGUGUUUUACAGUUAGUAUAUCAGGGAUGUGAUGGUUAUAAAACAUGACAACUGGGCUUUGUAGAAGGGUUCCCAAAGCAACACUGCUUACUUAAAACAUGUAAUGCAAAGGUUCAAGCAAGACACAUGACCUGGAGUGUGGCUUCUUGCUGUUCUUGAGUAGUAUUUUUGUUUUGAAUCACUGUUUGAUUCCAGGUCAUGAGCUCUACUUUUCAAGCUUGUGCUCUUAUUAUGUAAGCAAUGUCCUACUCAAUCAAUCUGGAUGUUAGAGAAGUUCCUCCUUAGCCAGUUUCUCUCUUUGAGGCCUCCUCUGUCUGUCUGCUCUGUGUGCCAUAAGGAGCCAGCUUCUGAGAAACUGCUUGUCUGAGAAAUCACUUGUACUAUAACAGUAUUUUUCACUCCACGUAGGACUGGAACCAUUUGUGAAUGUGAUGAAAACCAAAUAAAUGAAUCCGUGCAAACCAAUAGUGAGAAAAGGGAGAGAUGCAUGAAAGUCGAGUGCAACAGUGGCCACAGAAUCCAGAAAUUCCACAGGGAGAUGGCUUCCCAAGGGACAAGCCCAGGCUGUCCCCAGGGUAGGGGGACACAAGGACAGUGCCCUUUAAAAGGGGGAAAAAACGGUUUCGGAAAUGAUUUCUUCCUCUUGGAUAAAAUGGAGCGGAACGCUGCCGGAUUUGUUUAAUCUCAAGGUGGAUGGCUUGGGAAGAAAAUGGACUGAUACCCCCGGCAGAAAGCCUCUGGUGUCCCCUGGUCAGCUCUGCUGUAGCAGACACGACAGCACCAUGGACUUGUUUGGCCUGCCCCAGCUUCUGGACCUGAUCCUCGUGCCCAGAGACAUGUGGACGGUCAACUUUGGGGCCCUGUGCCGUCUGCUCCCGGGGACGGUCAACUUUGGGGCCCUGCGCCAUCUGCUCCCGGCCAGGAGGAAAGGGAAGAAGGAGAGCAGCAUCUCCAAGCAGGGCAGUGGCAGCCAGUUUGCACCUGCUCGGCCCACCAGGGUGAGCACGGGCACCCUGCAGGAGGCCACCCUGGCGACCACCGCCCUGAGGACAAAGCGAGGAUCUCUAGACCAGGAGAGCAUCUGCCAUCUCCUGUCUGACCUCCAGGGCCAGCUGUCCGCCCUGCAGGGCCGGGUGUCCUCUCUGAAGGGCCAGGUGUCUUCCCGGCAGGGCCUGGAGAGUGACUGGCAGGGCCAGAACGAGAAGGACCAGGAGCUGCUGACGAGCAUCCAGGUCAGAGCUGUCAAGCUGGAGAGGAUCAUCGAGGCGCUCACCUUGGUCACCAGGAGCCUCAUGGACAAGCUUCAGCAGACGGACGAAGAUCUCAAGGCUUCCUGAGGGACAAGUCCAGGCUGUCCCCAAGGCAGAGGGACACAAGGACAGUGUCAGCCCACGAGGAUCGCUCCCAGUCACCGAGGAUCCUCCCAAGGAUCUUGACCCCUAGGGCCAGAUCCAUCAUCUCUGCAGCCAGGCAGGACAGCAGGUCCCCCCUGGGCAAGCUCUGUGGCACCAGGCAGGACAGCAGCCGUGGCCUUGUUUGGCCUGCCCCGGCUGCUGGACCUCGUCCUCCUGCUGCGAGAUGUCUGGAGGGUCAGCUUUUGGCCCCUGCACUGUCUGUUCCUGACUGAGCUGGGGCAGCUGCAGGGCCAGGCAGCGUGUGGCACAGAAAGGAUUGCUGCUUGCUGAGCAGCUGCCAGUGCCCCCGGGAGGGAGCUGGACCCUCGCCCCCUGACAGCCCCUCUCCCUGUCCCCCAGCCACGCCAGCCCCUGCCCCGCGGCCAUGGCUGGCACCCAGCGUGAAGGAAGGAGGUUCCAAGGGGGGAGCAGGACCCCCCAGCCCCUGCUCCUCCCGUGCAGUGCAGCCCCAGCCCUGCCCAGUGCCCCUCCGUCUCGUGCCACAGUUCAUUGGCAGAUGCCCCUUUUCCAUCCUGCUCCCGGGCCCCGGCUGCCGUCCUUCUCCUCACCGCGCUCCAGGGGGGAAAGCCCAGGAGGCUGCCGGCAGCCAGGCAGGACAGGAGGUGCCCGGCCAAACCCUCCUGUCCAUCCCGGCCACCAAGAGGAAAGGCAAGGACUGCAGCCCUGAGGAAAGGGACGGUUUGACUGGGUUUCAUUCUGUUGAAUUAGAUUGAAAUUAAUAAAACAUUGUCAACUGUUCUUUUCUUGUUGUGUGGAUUUAA